GCGGCGGCGGCCGCGGAGGGACGAUGCGCGAGUACAAAGUGGUGGUGCUGGGCUCGGGCGGGGUCGGCAAAUCCGCCCUGACCGUGCAGUUCGUGACCGGCACCUUCAUCGAGAAAUACGACCCCACCAUCGAGGACUUCUACCGCAAGGAGAUCGAGGUGGACUCGUCGCCGUCGGUGCUGGAGAUCCUGGACACGGCGGGCACCGAGCAGUUCGCGUCCAUGCGGGACCUGUACAUCAAGAACGGCCAGGGCUUCAUCCUGGUCUACAGCCUCGUCAACCAGCAGAGCUUCCAGGACAUCAAGCCCAUGCGGGACCAGAUCAUCCGGGUGAAGCGGUAUGAGAAAGUGCCAGUCAUCUUAGUUGGAAACAAAGUGGACCUGGAAAGCGAGAGAGAAGUGUCAUCCAGUGAAGGCAGAGCCCUUGCUGAAGAGUGGGGCUGCCCCUUUAUGGAAACUUCUGCCAAGAGUAAAACCAUGGUGGACGAACUCUUCGCAGAAAUCGUGAGGCAAAUGAACUAUGCCGCGCAGCCGGACAAAGACGACCCGUGCUGUUCUGCAUGUAACAUACAAUAGCAUUUGAACACGGCUGCCCUGCACAGGGAGAGCUCACAAGAGGCACGCGAACCUUGCCCAGUCAACUGGAGUUUGCAGCGUUCGUGGUGUGAAUCUGCAGAGAAGUAGAGCCCUUCUUCAGAACUGAGCAGUGAUUGUUGAGCUCUCUGAGCAACAUUGGGUUUGGUAGCCAGUUUCCACCAUUGUCCUCAGUCUCUCCACACCUGCAACUUGAAGGCUUAGCCCAUUGAUCUACAGGGUGAUCUCCUCUGAAGCUGUGACGGCCUUGGUGCGGAGUCGACAGAAGCAACUGUUGCCUAAGUUCAAAAUCAUCCUGAGAGAGAAACCAGAAGAAUUGUUUUGACCACUUACAAUUAGCGUAUUUUGUUGUCUUUAAGAAGUUAAUAACCAGUAAAGGAGAAAUAUUUUCCUACGAGAAUUCUGAAUUCAGGAACUGAGGUAGUGCUUCUAACCGAUGACACAAAGAGCUGACCAGCCAGCAGUAUCCGGGGAGAGAUUCUUUGCUCGGCUCACACAUUUCUGUUUCUCAAAAUCGAUGCUUGCUUGUAGAUGUGAUCCUCACUUUGACGCGGGACUAACUCAUGCUCCACUCAGCAGGUGGGCUGAAAGGGCAGCCUGGUGUCAGGUGUGCUAGCUCACCUGCUUUGCCACAGAGAACGGAGGCUCGCACAGGGUUGUUCUGAAUUAACGUCCCAGACCCACCCUCUGUUCACCAAGCAGGGAUGGUCUUUGUGUUACUUUACUGAACAAGAAGGAAGCAACUGUGAUGAAAAGAGAUUGCCUAGCCUUACUAUGAGAACGGUCUAGUAGGUGAACCAGCACCAUCACGUAAGGAAAAUGAAGCCAUGUUGCAUCCACAUGUUCCUGUUUGCAGAAACCUCCCGGGACAGUGCAAAUAGCUUGCAUUUUUACGUUUGUGAAAGCAGCAAAUUCCUUCUUGCCUUUAAGGGCUGUGGUUGUGGUGUGAUUUCUGCUUUCAAAAUCAAGUUUGCUGUGACAGAGCUUUAUGACAAGCCUUUGAAAUAUUGAAUAACCAUGUGAAAUAAUUUGGGCUGAAGAGUAGAACACAAAUUAUAGAGUGGAAGGUGAGGGACUAAAAAAAAAAAAAAGAGAGAGAGAAAGAGAGGAAAAAGAAAAGAAAGCACCUAACCUUUUAUCUUUAAUUUUCCUGGAGAAUUAGAGAGAGAUUUUCUUAUAACAAUUUUGCCCUGAUUACUGAAGUGGCUAGUAAAGCUAAAGUGAGCAUUUUGCUUUAAAAAGGUGCUCAAGCUCUGACACUUUUGGUUUUGCAGCCGUGAAGUAUUUAUCAUUUGCAUGACGAAUGGCACAGAAAAACCCAUUCCUAAAUUUUACUGUCCAGUGUAGAAGGGUCCACAGCCAACUUCCGAGCUGGGAAGGCUGUGGAGAGGAUCUUGCACCCUCAGAACUGCAGCGGCACUGAGGCCGGUAUCUACACACCACCCCACAUUCUGCUGGUUCACACUCUUGUGCAAGCAGCCUGCAGUCUUGCGUGUGUCACCGAGAGAAGCGUGUGUUUGUGCGUGCAUGUGUGUUUAUCGUCCCUAAGAAUUUGGCACAAAUCCGAAGCUCAUCGCCUCUAAGGAGAAUGUGUAUUGCAGAAUGGCGUGUUUCAAAAGCAUUUCUUUUCAAUUAUUUCAGUGUCUUCUAUACAUGAUUGAAAUCACUGGUAGCCCCCAAGUGUUUGAUAAACCUGAGUCAAGUUUAGAGGAUAGAAAAAAGGUGGUUUGUACUCUCAUAGAUGAGAAAAGAGACAGGUGGGUAAAACCAGGCUGUGGUUGCCCAAAGUCUUUGAAUUGUUAAUAUCCACAUUCUUCAGUAUAGAUUUUGAAGUCAGUCCCCAAUGAUGAUGCCCCUUGGUUAUGGGACAGAACACCCUAACCAGUUUGAAACAGUUCAUUAUGUUAAAGUUGAUUCGACUCGGAGCUAUGCAGAAAUCAGAUUCAAGAAAUGUGAUCUAGCUACUGAAAUAUAUUUUGUCAGUGAAUUAGGUUGAGUUUUGAAGCCUCUAUCCUAUCAGAACGAUGCUGGCUUUUUUUUUUUUUUUAAUUCUAGACUUGACAGAAAUUUAUGACAACUAAGACUACAUAUGUAGAAACAUCUGUAACAUUUGACAACUAAGACUACAUAUGUAGAAACAUCUGUAACAUUUUAACAUCCUGGAUCGCUAUGCAGAUAAGAAAAAUAAGUUCGAUAAGAAGAAAGGUUUGGCAAAACAAGGUAGAAAAGUUUAUCUGCCACUUUGGGUUCUCCGGAGAAGUGUGUGUCAGGCAGUGGGGGAUGACUUUUCCUGGAAAGGGGUGAACAGCAGCCACUGGGGCCACCUCAGCAGUCUCCCUGCACUACCCUGCAUACUCAGGGUCAAGUGGGGAGACACCCAGAAACCAGAAAUGCGGGGAUCCUCUUGUGCUCUUCUUCCCUUGGGGAUUUCACCUGGUCUGCAGGUAAUUCCACUAGAAGGGAAGCGCUGGUUGAGAUGAGAUCGGAAGUCUAGGAACAGGCCAACUCUGUGGGGGCACCUGAAGCGAGACCCCAGCAGAGCGGUGACGUGGGCGCUCCCGGCCUGGUCAGUCUGGAAACUAGAGAAGUGAAAGUUUUCCUAACAUGCCUUAAAAAUGUUAUGGUUUGAUCCAAAGACCCACGUUUUCUUUAGCUCUUGUGAAGGUUUCUUUCAUUUGUUUUGUCUUUUACUUUCAUACAAAGGCAGCAUUUUUUUUUUUUUAUUGUUUGGGGGGUUUCGUUUAUUUAUUAUUUUUUUUUUUAUCUUGGCAAUUCUUGGUUUCUUUCCAGCCCCGAGAGUGAUUGUGACUGAUGCCUUUCAUGUUGCUCAACUUUUGCAAAACAAGCAGCAUUGGGUCAAAAAAGGUUACAUCCGAUCUUCCCGACACUUCUGGAAGGUGCUGUGAUGGUUUUCUCCUGCGGCUUAGGGAUUCAGGAAUGAACUUUGGUCUCCAGUCGCUGGGGUUGCGCUCUCUUUUCGGCGGUAAAACUACUGAUACUUGCUUUUCUAUAUAUAUAUAUGUAAAGAAAUGCUGCCUCAGGAUGUCUGCUCUUUGUCUUCGAGAGUUUCCAGUGAGGGGUGUGUGUGGGUGUGGGCGUGGGCGUGGGUGGGUGUGGGCAAGUGUGUAUCUGGUUUUUCAUCAUCGGUUUUUUCAGUUCAUUUUGCAUUUUCUCCUUUUCAGUAGUCUUGUGUUAGUACCGAAUAAGCUUUAAUUGUCUCCUUAGCCAAUCCAACAUUAAAGACUCUGGGGGUCUUUUUUCUUUUCUUUUUUAAUUAAUGUGUCAUCACGAAUCUAUUAAAUCUUGAUCAGGAUUUCAAGAAUGACCGCAGUGGGUUUUGGAAACAGACUUAUCAUUAUUGAUUUGGGGUUUCCCAGAGAUAAAUAUAGUUCACAGUUAAUUGUUGAGCUCUAAUACAACUGACCAUUGAAAAUUGAACAACAGCCUAUUGUUUUGUAACAAUGUCAGUUGUUAAACCUUGACAUUUCAAUUAAAACAUGAAUUGUGGUUAUAACUCAAUGCAAAUUCAACAGUUGUAUUUGGAGUUAAAUUAUUUUAACAAAUAAAUUUAUUUAAUGAAACUUC